GUCCCCCAAGCGAGGCGAGUGUCGAGCCGAGGCCGCAGCAGAUCGAGCCAAGCCGAGGCAGGCCGAACGGAGCCGAGCCGAGCCAGGGCAGCCGCGCUAGGGCACCGCCAGGGCACCGCCACCCCUUGACCACGCUCCGCACGCGUCCCGCUGCAGAGCCCGCUGCGACCACUCGUCGCCAGACCCUCCGACUCCGAACCGCAGGCAUGAGGAACGCCGGCAGCGCCAGCCUGGUGAUGCUGCCCCUCGUGGUGGUGCUGGCCGUGUGCACGGCGCCCGCCGCGGCCUGGGGCGGCGUCUUCAACCGCUUCAGCCCCGAGAUGCUGUCCAACCUCGGCUACGGCGGCCACGGGGGCUUCGGCAACACCCACCGCACCGCGCCCUUCUUACAGCAGGAGCGCUUCCAGAACCCCACCGACAUGUACCAGGAGCUGGCGGAGACGGACCCGGAGCCGUGCUACGGCCGCAAGUGCACCGCCAACGAGCACUGCUGUCCCGGGUCGGUGUGCAUCGACAUCGAGGGAGUGACGGGCUCGUGCGUCUUCGCCUACGGACUGCGCCAGGGCGAGCUCUGCCGCCGCGACAACGACUGCGAGUCCGGCCUGGUGUGCUCCGAGGAGGCCGGCGAGGGCCGCCAGUGCCGACCGCCGUCCAACAGCCGCAAGCAAUACAGUGUUGCAGGCGAAGAGUGCAUGAUGAGCUCGGAGUGCGACAUCCACAAGGGACUGUGCUGCCAGUUCCAGAGACGACACCGCCAAGCCCCACGAAAGGUGUGCUCCUACUUCAAGGACCCCCUGAUCUGCAUCGGGCCGGUGGCUUCGGACCAGGUCAAGGAGCUCGACAUCGAGCACACUGCGGGCGAGAAGCGGUUGACCGGGCACGCCACUGGCGGUGCUGCCGCCUUCAACCACAUCCGGCGUUAAGGAGGAGGAGGAAGCAAGAAAGAGAAGAAUCAUCCCCCCGUACCUCACUCUCUCACUCCUGCUACCCGGACCUUCCCCUUACAUCCUCUCCCCUCCCCCUCACAGAGUAGACCACGUGUGUGACAGUAGCAGCAAAAAUGAGCCGUUCGAUUUCUUUUACGUAGAUCUAAGAACGAAAAACCAAGUGCGCAAAGAUUUGUUUUUGCUUGCUUUCCUUAAAGCCAAUGCAUGCCUUGAUCCAGGGCAGUAAGUUUAAUUGAUGUAUUAUGGCAAGUCAUAACCAGUAGAAUACCUUGUGCUGCUACUGUUACAUUACAAGGAAUUUAAAAAAAAUUAUACAACAGUCUUCUGUAAUCCCACAUUUAUAGGGCAAAAGAGUAAAAUUACCAUCUCAUUAUUGGUAGUAUGACUCUGAUGUAAGACAUAUCAUUGGCACAUAUCUAUCCGAUUUAAGAGAGAUGAUAAGACUUGAGGCGUUAAGUUAAUAUAAAAAGAAAUGAGGCAAUUGAAUAGAUCAAUGAUGUGGUGUCAUCUUGUGCAAAACUGAAAAUCUCAGUACGAAACACAGCCAUGAGCAAUGCUGUACUAAGGCCCUUGUAAUUUAUCUUGAGUUUAAAAUGUGCCCAAAGCCAUAUUGACAGCACUACAUCAUUGACUGUGAGAGACGGACUCUGUCGGAUAUGCACCCUAUUGAUCAAACAUAUCAUAUGUUAUAGAUUCAAGUAAUUGUGAGCAAAACUAUUUUGAUGUCCCAUUAUUUUCAAUGCAAACAUGUGUUUAGAUUGAAAACUGAGUAGAGAUUUCAUAAAAUUUAUCAAAAAGCAAAUGUGAGGAAGUAAAGAUCAUCAUCUUUGAGCCUGAAUAUAACAAAAGGAGACAUCACCAGAAGGCGGUUUCUUUUAUACCUGCUGUUUUAUUUGGUAUGAAUGCACUGGUGUUCCUGAACAACAUAUCAUAUUUCUUUGCAAUGCCUAUCUGCUAUUCUAAAACCAUAGGUGUAAUUUCUGUGGGAAACCAUGGCAAGGCUUAGUAAACAUGCUGAUCUUACAUAAAACAAACAAACAAAUGAUUAUCAUUUUAAAAUAUAUAGAUUUUAGGUUCCUCUCACACUGUGAAUGUUAUAAUUUAUGGUCGAUUUUUCUCUCUUAUCUCAAACUAUCCUAUUGCUUGCCAGAUUUUCUUGGCUAAGAUUUUUAACUGUAUGUGUAUAAUCAACAUAUUUUCAUGAGUUGUUUUCAUAGGUUGUAUUGGUAACUCUUUUCUUAAGUGAUUGUAAACAUAUCCUACAGAACUCAAUUCGAAUGAACAUCAUCAGACCAUAAAUAACAACGGCUGGUCAUGAAUGCUCUCAUUAAAAGGAAACUACCAUGAAGAGAAUAUCUGCAAGGAUUGGGGAAUGACAAGCUGUAAUGGUUGGAGUACCUUUGGAAAUCAUUACUGCUUUACUUUUACUUUCCUUUACUUGUGCACAAAUCCUCUGCCUUGCAGCACAUGAGAUUCAACUUUUAUUUUUUAAAUACGAUUUAGGAUUAUUGUGGUUUUAUGAGACUUGAUAUUUUUUCUAGCCUAAAUUGAAUGUGCUGCCUUUAGUCAGGCCUCUUGCCUGGCAAAGGCAGUUCAGAUUUGCCAUAAUUAACUGCAUAACACAUAUCAUUUUUUAAAGAAAACUGAAAGACUUCCGAUUACAUAUCAUUAACAUUUAUUGGAAAGUUUUGAUGUUUUUAUGGGGUGUUUCAUGCACAAACUAGGAAUGACAUUGUAUAGAUCUAUUAUAUCAGGAAGUACUGUGGUGGUUUGUAAAUUAAUUAUCAGCAACUCAAGAGGUAAAUUUGCCGAGCCAAUGUUAUUUGCUAAAAAAAAAGGUUGGAUCAAAAUGAAGCAAUUAAUUUCUUUGAAGAAUCUACUAAUUGGCUUUGAAUCAGUAGUGCUUCCCUCCAAUUAAAAAAUUGAAAAUAAGAUUGGCCUAACAUUCUUAGAUUGACAAUGAGUGUGCAAGCAAAAUGAGAACAACAGAAAUAUUUUUUUAUGUAAUGGUUAAAGCUGCAACACAACUCCACAAUAACCUAGCAUUGUAAAUUAUGCAGUAUGCUCAGGAUAGAUUUGUGGGGGCACAAGUAUUUGCCUAUCGUUUUUCUUUUAUGGUUUUCAUGUUCAGCUAAUAAAAAGACGCCAUGCAAUUCCUCAUGAUUUCAUCCUUUAUUUCACUUUUAUCUAUUUGCUGUGCUCUGGUUUCAAAGGUACAAAAGAAUGAGAUACCUCAACAUAUGGAGGAAGGAUGAAGGAUGAAGGAAAUGCAAGGAAGGUAGAUGUGGAAAGAACUCUGGUUUUUCAAGUUCUGUAUAGUUUCUUAGAUGCUUAUUGAUAGACAUUAAAAUGAGCUAGAUAAAAGUGGCAUCAUAAUUCCACAGGGUGGAUCUAAUGAGCCCCAACACUUGGUCCAUUCUAAAUUAUGUGUGCCACAAAACGCUACAUGUAGAAAAUGCAUUCACUGUAUUCUGUAAGUAGGCAGUUAAGGUUCUGAAGAUAAAGUGUCUAUGUAACAAUGUGCAAAUAAAAAUAAAACUUACAUGAAUCUUCCA